CCAACGGCAGGAAAUCCGGCUCGUGCUUUCUUUCACCCGGGUGCUGGACGUUACUGCUCCAGGGCUUCAGGGUUCAGGCGAGGUGCGACCCGGGACGACGUCCGCCUCCCCCCUUCAUCUCCGCCGCCGGCCAGAUCUCGUGCCGCCCCUUCUCCUCUGCCCCCCACGGCGAGAGGACUGGUCACAGGAUGCAGUCUUUGGCGCGGACAGUCUGUCGAGCCGGAACCCGUGCCACGCCUCUGAAGCUCCUGGAUUGCGCAGCUCCUAGAGUUGAACAGUCGUUCGCGGAACCCCUGAGGCCUUGCAACUGGAUUCGUCAAAUUGUGAGUCCAAUCAUUCCACACGACGGUGUUCAGGCAUAUGGUUUCUGCACGAGGGCUUUGGCGGUGAGGGGGUUCUCGACAGUGGGAGCUGCCGAGGUUUCUGUUGAGGAUGAAGAUUCCAGCUCUCCCAUGGUUGAGCACCCGCCGCGGAUUAAGUUCAAGAGGCCCGACAAGACGGCCAGGCACAUUAUGAAUAUCUUAAACAAAGAGGCAGUCGACAAAGUUCGUACAGAGAGGACCAUUCCUGAUGUACAGCCUGGAUGUAUUGUUCAAAUGAGAGUGCAAGUUCCUGAGAACAAGCGACGUGAGUCUACAUUGAAAGGCAUCGUCAUAGCAAGGCGCAAUGCUGGGAUCGCUACGACUUUCAGAUUGCGUAGAUUAGUAGCUGGGGUUGGAGUUGAGUCUGUCUUUCCACUGUACUCGCCAAACAUCAAAGAAAUCAAGAUCUUAGACAGGAAGAAAGUCAGGAGAGCAAAGCUGUAUUACCUGAGGGACAGAAUGAAUGCACUCAAGAAAUGAGGCAGCAUCGGCUUGGUUGUUGCCAUUUUGUUUCUGAUGUGGAUCUGCAUGGCUUUCCUAGUGGCUGCAAUUCGAGAAGCCCGAUGCUUACUCCCAGCUCCUAGAACUACUGUUUCGGGUCACCAUGCCUGGUUUCUGGGGCAAGCGCCAGCAGAAAUACGCUUAUGUGAUUUGAAAUUAACAAUGUGGAUCUGUCUCCUUUUAUGUUUUUAGCAACUAGUGUAAUGAGAAAGAAAUAAAAAUGCUCUCCUUUUCUCUAACUUAUUGCUUAAGUUGGAGAAGCUUGCACAAAUUUUGUUCUACCGUUGGACCAUUCCUUGCUGCUAUCAAGAUGGUUGUGUUGCACACAACUCAAAGUAGCCUUUUAUCAUGAAAUUUUCAUGUAUAACUUUGAUGGACUGUUUGUAAUGCAAGAAAUUGGAAGGCUA